GGGGUGACGACGGUGAAUGACGUAAUUCAAUAAAUUGUACUGCACACCUUGUUUUCACCCAACUUCAGUGUAAUCUGUCCAGAUGCUGCUCGCACCUGAUCCUAUCAAACUUCCCGGAUAACGUGUGCGUGGCAGUGAUGUCACAGAGGAGGAGUCAGACGCGGCUGCACUGCGCUCACUCAAACGGUUGGAUCCACGCAGAUCUACGCUUCCCUUCACUUGAACUUAGCCAAGAGGAAACUCUCUGCAGCUUAACGCCAACUUCUGUUCAGCUGCUCUCGUUUGAAAGCUCGGUUUCACGGAGUGAGUGGUGAAUGCAUCUUGAUUUCCUGCGAGUCCCGCUGAGCUCCUAACAGGUGUUGGGGCCACACCGCCCGGGGGAGGGGGGGGGAGAAGAACAUGUCCAAUGGGAAAGACGCAAAUGCUGCACAAAACUCCUCGCAGAUGACCCUGAAAGAGUGCCUGGAUGAGUGCAUGGAGGCCUUGGAUCUCUUCCUUAACAACCACUUCAACGAGAGCCUGGAGAGGCUGCGGCCAAGAGUGAACGAGAGUAUGUACCAUGCUCUUAUCUACGCCACAGUGCUGGAAAUGCAGGCCAUGAUGACUUUCCAGCAUGAUGACAUAAGCAAUGCAGGAAAUACCAUGAAGAGUGCCCAGGAGGUCUGCCAGAGGUUUCGACGGAAAUCCCCAGGUUUGGCUAACAAGUCAGUAGGGGAAUCGCUCACUGAAGUGCAGCUUCAUGCUGAAGUGUGUUAUGCAGAGUGCCAACUCCAAAGAGCUGCUCUCACCUUCCUACAGGAUGAGAACAUGGUGAGUUUUAUCAAAGGAGGGAUCAAAGUACGAAACAGUUACCUAAUUUACAAAGAACUGCAUUCCUUCAUAAAAUCUCACAACUGUCUCAAAGGAUCCAGCCACCUUCACUUGGAGGGAGGAAUAUCAUUCGGAAUAGGGGCGUUUAAUCUGACACUCUCUCUAUUUCCUCCACGGAUACUGAAAGUUUUGGAGUUUGCAGGCUUCUCCGGAGACAAGGAAUAUGGUCUGUCCCUGCUGCGUGAUGGUGCGACAGCGAUGAAUCUGCGCUCCAUGCUGUGCGCUCUGCUACUGCUCUGCUACUACACCUUCCUCACAUUCAUACUAGGCACAGGUGAGGGAGAGGUGGCUGAAGCUGAAAGGCUGCUGAAACCUUUCCGGCUCCGCUACCCACGGGGAGCAAUAUUUCUUUUCUUUGCAGGCAGAACUGAAGAGAUAAAGGGGAACAUUGAUGAGGCGGUGGCACUCUUUGAAGAUGGCUGCAAGGCCCAGCAGGCAUGGAAGCAGUUCCACCACAUGUGCUACUGGGAGCUGAUGUGGUGCUUCACCUAUAAGCGAGCAUGGAAGAUGGCAUACUUCUACGCAGAUCUGCUGAGUCAGGAGAGCCGCUGGUCCAAGGCCAUGUACGUUUACAUGAAAGCUGCUUACCUCAGCAUGCUGCCUAAAGAUGAGGCCAGGCCUUUUGGGGAGGACGAGGUAGAGCUCUUUAGAAAAGUGCCCACCUUCAAGCAGAAGAUAGCAGGGAAGUCUCCCCCGACUGAGAAGUUUGCUAUCCGUAAAGCCAGGCGCUACAAGGCUUCCUGCCCAGCCAAGCUACCAGUGCCAGUGCUGGAGAUGAUGUACAUGUGGAACGGUUUCAGUAUGAUCAGCAAACGACCAGAGCUGACUGAAGGCAUGAUGCAGACUUUGGUGGACGCAGAGCACAUCCUGCUGGAGUCUCCUGAAAAUGAGUAUUCGGUGGAUGACCGCUGUGUGAUCCACAUGCUGAAGGGUCUGUGUUUGAAGAACCAGGGUCUCCUCCAGGCUGCUGAGGAAUGCUUCAACAAAGUGUUUUCCAGUGAAAAGAAGAUCAGGUUUGACCACUACCUGGUUCCCAACUCUCUGGUCGAGCUCAGUCUGCUCUACAUAGAGCAAGGCAGAAGGGACGAGGCUAUUAAACUACUGCACAAGGCCAAAAACAACUACAAAGAAUACUCGAUGGAGUCUCGUACACAGUUCAGGGUACACGCGGCUCUGGCCAAACUCAAGGCUGACCCUGGUGGAGAGGAGGAGGACACUCAUCUGUAGAAGACAUUUCUUCACGAUUGGAAAGGCGCCUCACACUGGACUCUCCGUUUCCCUCAGUUAUGGCUUGCUUUAGCUUGAUGCCCAGUUUUUAACCAAAUAUUCAUUUUCAACAAGUGAGUACUGGGUAUUUUAUCAGUGUUCAGGUGUACCUUUUCAGGCGUUUUUUGUGUCCGUCUACACUAACAUAUCACUGGACAAAGAUAUUAAAAUAAUUACAAGAGCAUAAAAGUCAAGUAGAGUUUGACGUUUUGAGCUGAAGGACAGUAUACAUACAGUAGACAUUUUAUGGACAAUGUUUUUGUUUACACUAAAAUUGAAUCUAAUUCAUUGAAAGCCACUAUAAAUAUCGAAUGUAAGAGAUUUUAUGACUUAAUGAAAUGUAUAGUAAUUACUUUAUUGAAUGAACUCUACAUGAUUAUUACAUAAUUAAGUAACUUAGCAUACUGUGCUGUUUUGGAAUGACAACGUUUUAAGGUGUUGAGAUGUUCAUGGUAUUUCACAUACAUUUGAUAGAAAAUAGUUUUAAAAGCCUAACUUAGAAAAUAAUUAACUGGCCUGAAGGAAUGUAUGACCCACAGUCAGCAGCCAGUAUUCUGUGCAGCCGGAGUCAUGCAUUGCGGGGUCACUACAUUUGUCCCACUCUGUAGGGUUGCAAUGGAGAUGUAUAAGAGCACGGCACGCCACGGCUGACGCUUGCCAAAUGAGGCGAAACAACAGUUUAUUGCUGUUCUUAGUGUGUGAAUUAGUCAGACUCAGUGUUUAGGUAGAUCUGGAUCAGUGCGUGCACUGUCCAAAAACUUUUGAAUGUAUUAAUUAUUUUUCCGUGAAUAAAUUCUACAUAUGAAUGUC